AACACGUUUCAAAAGCGAUGUGUUGUUUUCGGCAAUUUAGCGACUAUUAAUUACUUGUAGUACAUAAAUAUCCGCGUGUUUAUUUUGCUCGACAUUAUUAUUCGGUAUUAAGUAUUCGUGUAAUGAACUGCGUGUUUAUGUGUGUAGUUAACGUGAUGCUUUAAACAGGAAACCGAAAGUGUUUCACUUCAUUCUUUUACUUUCGUUCUGAAACGUCUCAUAUGUAUCGAUGAUAUUCUGCUGUUGGUUUCAUUUCUUCAUGCCUUUUAGACAUGUGAUGUGAUGGAGGACAAAUCGAGACACAUGAGACUUAGAGAAUGGCUCAUAGCACAGAUAGACAGCGGCAAAUACGCGGGAUUGAGCUGGGAAAACCAGGAGAAAACCAUGUUCAGGAUUCCCUGGAAACACGCGGCCAAACAGGACUACAGACAGCAGCAGGACGCUGCACUCUUCAAGGCAUGGGCCAUGUACAAAGGUAAAUUUCGGGAGGGCAUGGAUAAAGCAGAUCCUUCCACUUGGAAAACCCGUCUGCGUUGUGCCCUCAACAAGAGCUCAGACUUCCAGGAGGUUCCUGAACGCAGUCAACUGGACAUCUCUGAACCAUACAAAGUUUAUCGGAUCAUGGAUGAUACAGGACGAGUAACAGACAUGGCUGUGAAUGCAAUGAUGUUACAUGAAGAUGACAGCAGCCCGGCUCUUAGAGGGAUACAGCAGGUCAAUCUACCUGGUGACUCAGACAGAGGAUCGAGUGAGAGAAGUGUGAAUGGCAGGUCGUAUGUGUGUCCCAUAAUAAACACUGAAGCCUGUGCUAACUCUGUUCCUCAAGCCGUACCUUUAUAUCUAUCUCAAGUGCCUUUGUCUGACUUUCGUCUGGAGGUACGAUUGUUUUACUAUGGUAAUCUGGUGCAGAGUGACGUAGCUUCAUCUCCAGACGGCUGCUUCAUCCUGCAGGGCUGUGCUCCGGUAGGGAACGAGCGCAUCUACGGGCCUUGCGAAGCUAAGAAAGUGUUCUUCCCCCGUCCAGACAUUGUGCCCCUGCCUCCGGGCAUCACCGAGGCCAUGAGUCGUCUGCUGCCGCACCUAGAGAAGGGCGUGCUGGUGUGGGUGGCUCCAGACGGUGUCUUUAUCAAACGCUUCUGCCAGGGCCGCGUGUACUGGGAUGGCCCGUUGGCCGAACACCGAGACAAACCCAACAAACUAGAUAGAGAGAGGACCUGCAAACUGCUCGAUACGACCAUCUUUUUACAGGAGUUACAAGGCCAUCAGCAGGGCGGAGGCCCUGAACCACGAUACAGCGUUGACCUGUGUUUUGGAGAGGAGUUCCCUGACCCCAACCAACCAAAGAGCAAGAAACUCAUCACUGCACAGGUGAUUCCCCUGUUUGCUGUAGAGUGUCUAGGGAGACAAGAUCCAUCUAAUAAUGUGGAGAUGAAGUGUUCACCCUCACAAACGAGCUGUAAGCAAAGCGAUACAUAGACACGCCUUACUGAGAAGAACACACAAACCUUUCAUCAUCAAAAAAAUCUGAAGGAUCUAAAUAGAGAACGAGAUAGAAAACGAGAGAAAACUUGAGUGUUUUUUAAAUGAUCAAGCAAAAUCUUUAUUCUAACCAUAAAGGACUUAAUAAUGACAGAAUAACAUUGUGAUUGCUUUAUAUUUUUAUAUGUUUGCAAAAUUGAAGUAAAAUUGAGAGUUUUUAGUUAUUUUACUACUUGGUUAAGUUAUUUCAGUAGGGCAAUAUGACUCAGGUGUGAUCGCACAUGUAUGCGGCUUUUGAACUUUUUGUACUUUUUGAUAAUCCUAUAAAUCAGCAUCUUUUAA